GACAUGGUGAAGCUUCACAAGAAAUUUUUCACGGGUGAUAAGGUUUUCGCAAAAGUUCGAGGUUAUCCGCCGUGGCCAGCAAGAGUUGAGAGAGUUAUUGAUCCUAAUUCGAAGAAUGCGAAAUACAGUGUUUAUUUCUACGGCACAGGAGAAACUGCUGUGUGUAAAGUUGAUGAACUAUAUACAUAUUUGGAACAUAAAGCAAAAUUUGGUAAACCUAGUAGAAGGAAGUUUUUCCAUGAGGGAUUGGUACAACUAGAACAAGAGCUAAAAAAUGACAGAAAUAAGGCAUCAAAUCUUGCCGACCUCAAAGAAGCUGGAAUUGGUGAAGGAGGAGGUAAAGAAGCUGAAACGAACGUACCAACAGUUAGUGCUGCAGACAGUGAUUUGGAAUCAGGAUCUCUUGUUAUUGAUGAGGAGGAGAAAAAGAAGUCUAUGAAAAGAAGGACUAUCGCUGGAACUCAUCCUGAUGCGCCGGAAGUGAAGAAGAAACGCGGAAAAGCAAAAUCUUUAUCCGCAUCUACAAGUGAUCCAGUGAAGGAUGGCUCUAUGGAUUCUCAAGGAGAAGAAUCUCCAAAGGAAGUUGUCAGCCGUAGCGGCAGAAAAAUAAAGCCUAAACGAUUUGCCGAUUUUUCGAGUUCGGAAGAAACUGAAACUAUAGAUAAAAAUGAACAUGGAAGAGGUCGUUUGAAGGCUAAAGUCGAAGAUUCGAGCGAUCAAACAACGCCUGGUGCAAUGCAUAAGAAACGAGCUGCAGUUGAAAAAAAAAAUAAUUUGGACGAAGAACCCAUGCUGGAGGGUACUGUGGUGUGUAGUAAUGCUUCGGAUUCGCCAGGACGAUUUCUCUUGGCAUUAACAUUUGCCGGCGAGUACGUAGGAAUUAAGUUAGAUCAGGAUAAGCCAAAGUCCUUUGACAACGAGAAGGCUCGAUCCCAGUGGGAAUGGACUACAGCAAGAAACGCCAUGAAAUUGAAAGCGCAACUGGAAAGCGGUGAAAUUUUACCAGAACAGGUGAAAGAUUCUUUGGAUUUCAAUGUGAACGUUCCGGACGAAGAAAAACGAUUAGUGGCAAAAGACGGAGCCGUCCAUCGCAAGACGAACAAGUUAAGUUCAGAUGGCUUNGUGCAGGCCAUGUUUACCAUACCCGAAGGUCAGUCGUUUUGGCAAUCAUUUUCAGACCAAGUUGUCCAUUUCAAAGAAUUAACGAAGGACAUGCCUGAGGAGAAAGUAUUUUCUCUAAUGUCUGACCCUGCUUGUCCAGAUGCACCAGAGAUUAUACCAGCGGAUGAAAGUGGCAGUCAACCGGAUCCAGAAGCAUCUAUUGAGAGUGCUAAAUCAGAAGUGCCUACUAGGAGCGAAACUCCAAAGGACUCAGAGGCCAAGUAACGAAGCGAUGUUUUUGUAUCUGAUAAAUGUGAAAAACUACACUUAUUUUCUUUUUUACUGAUACGGCAUACCGUAUAACACGAAAAUCACGAAGAAGAGAAAUACGGAUUCACUUUUUCACGCAUAAAAUCACAUAUUCUAGAUAAAUCCGGACACUACGUAUAUUUAAUUCAAAUGGGUCUUCUAGUAAAAUUUUCUCGUUGUCAUUAUCUCGUCUACAAUAUUUAUAGUUAGGAAGCUCACUAUAUGGAUAAACAGUGUUUAAUCGGUUAAGUAUAUUAAAUGAAAUUGGUUAAUUAUAGAGCACUUAAGAAUGUUUAGAAUAGACAUCAUCAUUAUUUACCCUAUUCGAUAACAUAUUUCUUUUAUAAUUACAAUUCCUUCUACGUUCUUGGGCAACACCAAAAAAAUAUAUGUGUAUUCUUGAAGACUGCAUAGAUGUCUUCGUCGUCUAAUGUCAGUUAAACCUUGUCGACUUAAGUAGCAACAGAUAUCGAAUGUAUAUAUAAGAAGAAACAAAAUAUGAAAACAGCAAUACUUUUCUUGUUGGUUUCGAAAUAGAUAUGUGUUUGUAAUUAUUGGGAUAAUGAAUUUUGCUUAAUCUGUUGUGUGUUUCAUCGCACUUUAAAGGCAUAAUUAGAAUAUAUUACUACUAAAUCAGGAAGUGAGAAAAAUAAAAUUUUAAAUAAAUCUCAUCUAAGGAAUAUCCUAAAAGAUUAUAUAGAAAAUACUGUUUAAAUUCAAAUUUUUAGCUUAUUGAAAAAAACUGCGAUUGUAAUGUAAACUAGAAAUUACAUUUUUAUACGAAAAAAAAGAAUAUAAGUACAUAGAUUUUUGUCUCAUUGGUCAAUACCUUUCAGGGCACAAUGGUCAUUCAACGGUAAUUAUUUCCUUUCAAGGUACAGUUUCUAAUAGAUACCAUUAACAUGAAUAUACCUUCAUAUACAUUUGUCGAAAAACAACAAUAUUGUAAAUGUAACAUUGUUAAUAAAAUACAAAAUUGAAACAUU